CUGUCCAGCCCGCCCGCUCUCACUAGUCGAACGGUGCCCGACCGGUAACGUAGCGCCGACUGCCGAGUGCCGACCGAUCCCGACCAGCGACAAUGUCCGCCGUGGCGAAGUCCUCAAAGUACACCUACCGCAGCAGCGGUGGGGGCACCACCGACGUGAACAUCGAGUAUACCGCCGACCUGAGUGCUCUCUCCAGGCUGGAGGACAAGAUCCGUCUCCUCCAAGAUGAUCUGGAAUCCGAAAGGGAGCUGCGUCAGAGGAUCGAGAGGGAAAAGGCAGAUUUGAGCGUGCAAGUCAUCCAACUGUCCGAGAGGCUGGAGGAAGCUGAAGGCGGAGCUGAGAGUCAGUUCGAGAUCAACAGGAAACGCGACACCGAGUUGACCAAGCUCCGCAAACUAUUGGAAGAUGUCCACCUGGAGUCGGAAGAGACGGCGCAUCUCCUCAAGAGGAAGCACCAGGAGAUCGUGGUCGACUUCCAGGAACAAAUCGACCAGCUUACCAAAGGCAAAGCCAGAGCCGAGAAGGAGAAGUCCAAGUUCCAGGCUGAAGUGUACGAGCUGUUGGCCCAAGUGGAGAACGUGAGCAAGGAGAAGAUCACCGUGGUGAAACAGUGCGAGAGGCUCGAGGUGUCCAUCAGCGAGCUGCACAUCAAGAUCGAGGAGCUGAACCGCACCAUCGUCGACAUCACCUCCCACAAGCAGCGCCUCUCCCAGGAGAAUGUUGAACUCAUCAAGGAAGUUCAGGACCUUAAGGUGAACAUCGAGAAUGUGGUGUACCUGAAGAGCCAGCUGGCCAGCCAGCUCGAGGACGCGCGCCGCCGCCUCGAAGAUGAAGACAGGAGGCGCUCUCUGCUUGAAGCCACUCUGCACCAGGUUGAGAUCGACCUGGAGUCCGUCCGCGUGCAACUGGAGGAGGAAUCCGAAGCGCGCCUGGACCUCGAGCGCCAGCUGGUCAAGUCCAACGGCGAGGUCCAGCACUGGAGGUCCAAGUUCGAGGCGGAGGCCUCCGCCCGCGCCGAGGAGAUCGAGGAGCUCCGGCGCAAGUACUCCAUCCGCAUCCAGGAGCAGGAGGAACAGAUCGAGACCCUCAUCGUCAAGAUCAACAAUGUUGAGAAGCAGAAGUCGCGCCUGCAGAGCGAGGUGGAGGUGCUGAUCAUCGACCUCGAGAAGGCCAACGGCACCGCUCGGGAGCUGCAGAAGCGCACCGAGCAGCUGGAGCGCGUGAACAUCGAGAUCAAGUCGCGCCUGGAGGAGACGGUGCAGCUGUACGAGGUGUCGCAGCGGGACCUGCGCAACAAGCAGACCGAGCUGCAGCGCGUGUCGCACGAGCUCGACAAGACCAGGGAGCAGAAGGACGUGCUGGCGCGCGAGAACAAGAAACUGUGCGACGAGUUGCACGACGCCCGCUCCACCGUGACCGAGUUGACCCGCCGUCUCCACGAGCUCGAGAUCGAGCUGCGCCGUCUCGAGAACGAGCGUGAGGAACUCACUGCCGCCUACAAGGAAGCCGAGGCCGGCCGCAAGGCUGAGGAGCAGCGUGCGCAGAGGCUGACCGCCGAGCUCGGCCAGUUCCGCCACGAGGCCGAGCGCCGCCUGCAGGAAAAGGACGAGGAGAUCGAAGCCAUCCGCAAGCAGACCAGCAUCGAGAUCGAGCAGCUGAACGCGCGCGUGGUGGAGGCCGAGACGAAGCUGAAGACCGAGGUGACCCGCAUCAAGAAGAAGCUGCAGAUCCAGAUCACCGAGCUGGAGCUGUCCCUGGACGUGGCCAACAAGACCAACCUCGACCUGCAGAAGACCAUCAAGAAGCAGUCGCUGCAGUUGACGGAGAUCCAGACCCACUACGACGAAGUGCAGAGGCAGCUGCAGGUGACCCUCGACCAGUACGGAGUCGCUCAGCGCAGGAUACAGUCGCUCACCGGCGAGGUCGAGGAGAUCCGUGGCAACUACGAGCAGGCCCUCCGCCAGAAGCGCGUGGUGGAGCAGUCGUACGAGGAGGCGACGCUCCGCAUCAACGAGCUGACCGUCAUCAACGUGAACCUGUCGAGCAGCAAGGCCAAGAUCGAGCAGGAGCUGGCCGCCGUCGCGGCCGACUACGACGAGAUCACACGCGAGCUGCGCGUGGCUGACGAGAGAUACCAGCGCGUACAGACCGAGCUGAAGCACACCGUCGAGAUCCUGCACGAGGAACAGGAGAGGAUCGUCAAGAUCGAAGCCGUCAAGAAGUCUCUUGAGAUUGAAGUCAAGAAUCUGUCCGUCCGCUUGGAAGAGGUGGAAACCAACGCCAUCGUCGGUGGCAAGCGCAUCAUCAGCAAACUCGAGGCUCGCAUCAAGGACAUGGAGCUCGAGAUCGACGAGGAGAAGAGGAGGCACGCGGAGACCAUCAAGAUCCUCCGCAAGAAGGAGCGCCAGCUCAAGGAGGUGGUCAUACAGUGCGAGGAGGACCAGAAGAACAUCUCUCUGCUCCAGGACUCGUUGGAGAAGGUCACCCAGAAGGUCAACAUCUACAAGAGGCAGUUGACGGAAUCGGAGGGCAUGUCCCAGCAGACCGUCACACGGGUACGACGAUUCCAGCGCGAGCUGGAAGCCGCCGAGGACCGCGCCGACGUCGCCGAGAGCAACCUGUCGCUCAUCCGCGCCAAGCACCGCACCUUCGUCACCACCUCCACCGUGCCCGGCUCCCAGGUCUACCUGGUCCAGGAGUCUCGCGCCCUCAGCACGGAGUAACAGCAUUUCUGGCCGGUCGGGUUAAGCCUAGUCGUUUAAUGUUUUAUAGGGUAACAGAUGGCGUUAGUAGCGUGCCGGGACGGCGAGCGAUACUGAUUUGACAGCUUGCGAGACUUGUCUACCGUGUGAUAACGUGAUCCUCUAUGAAGUGAGAUUGCCGGCGGGGCGCCCGCCUCGUACUAACGCCACCUGUCGUCCGCAGGACAGGGACGCGCGCUCCGCGCCUGCGCUCGCCCUAAUGUGUCUCAGCACCAACAUAGCCAUGCGCUGACCGCCCGUCCCUAGAUUUUUAAAAUUUUGCUAAAUAAUACCAAAUAAAGGAACCAAAUUUCAAUGAAAGCUUUUUUUUUCACUAUUUUUCUAAUAUAAGGAUACCGGCAACACGCGCUACGCGCGGUAGUUUAAUGUAAAUGGAUUAUUUUAUAUUAUUAUUUAUUAAUGGUGCUUUGCCUAUACGUUUGUAACUGUAACUUGUAAUAUUUAAAAAUAAAUGCUAUUUAUGUUAUAGAAACAAAAAAAGCAAUAAAAGUUCAAAACGG